AUGUCAGUACCCUCGCGACUAGACUUUCACAUAUCGCCAGAAAACGAAGGCACACGGCUUAGCUUUCUAGACCGUCAGCGCAAAUUCACUGCUCAACCUGUUACCGAUGUCGAUCUAUCCGGUAAAACAGCCCUCAUUGUCGGUGCCAACUGCGGCAUUGUCCUCGAAGUAGCGCGCCAGUUUCUCGGUCUCGGCAUCACAAAGACUCAUCGUUGCCAUAAAGCCACAAUAGAAUGUUGGCCGGUGGAACUCGCAUCAUACGAGUCCACUUUUGCAUUUGCCAAACGUGCCGAAGAGCUCGACCGUAUGGAUCACAUUGUCUUGAAUGCCGGCAUGUGCGCUACCAAGUUUGAAACGAACCCAACCACAGGCCAUGAAGUAACAGUACAGAUUAAUUAUCUGUCUACGGCGUUAUUGGCAUCAUUACUUUUACCGAUUGCCAAAGCGAAACGGGCGGUCCAAAAUGGCCCGUCGCGCAUCACGUUCACUUUGUCAGAUGUCUGCGCAUGGACUUCAUUCAGCGAGCGAUCCAACGUGCCGCUGCUCCCAGCCCUUGAUGUAAAAGGAUCACUGACUAGCGCUACUGCCCUAACGGACCGCAGGAUGGUUUCCAAACUGCUUGGGCAAUUCUUCAUUCGGAAGCUGGCGAGCAUCGUGCCCAGUUCUGUUGCUGUCAUUAACUGGGCCACACCAGGCAUGGUGCACGAUACACAAAUCGUUAAGCCAAUUAUACGGAUGUCGGGGUAUACCUCUGAUGUGGGCGCGCGCCAUAUCACUGACGCAGCCCUGCAUCAUCAUAAUGACCGCGUUCACGGGCAGUAUCUGUCAAUGCAAAGAAUCAAGCCGAUGGCGCCAAUUCUGUACACGGAGGAAGGGAAGCGUAUCGCCGAGCAGCUGUGGAAGGAAACAAUGAUGGAGUUUGCGUUUGCCAUUGUUGAACAACUUAUUGCAACCGCUGCUAAGGAAUGA